AUGGAGCCCAAGGCCCCGCAGGACGGGGUGGACGAGCCGCAGACGGCGGCACUCACCCAGUCCUUCGACGGCCGCGGCCAGGUGCUGCUGGUGAGCGAGCUCUGGAAGCAGGAGGAGUGCUGCCUGAACCUGCAGAACAUUCUGGAACACACCGAGGCCCCUCCGCCCUCAAGAACAUCGUCCACCCGCGCCACCAGCGGCCACAGCAGCUCCAGCAAGGGAGGCCCGCGGCGAGCCAAGCGGCCCCGGGAGAGCUCGGCUCGCAGCCCCGACAGCCCGGCGGCCAAGUGCAAGCGCUCCUGGGCCCCGCCCGCCGCCCCGGGCGAGAGCGACUGCGACUGUGAUUGCGACUGCGACUGCGACUGCCCGGCGGAUCCCGGGGUGGAACCCCGGACGGAGUCCCCCGCGGAGCCCCCCGCGGAGCCCCCCGCGGAUCCCCCAGCUGAACCCCCGGCGGCGGCGGGCGGCCGGAAGGCGGGGCCGGCGCGGGCGCCUGGGGAGCGGCUGCUGCUGGUGCUGUGCCGCGCCACCGCGCUGCGCUCCCAACUACCCCGGCUCCAGCUGCUCCUGCAGCGGGUGUGCGCUCGCAGCGCCCGGCCGCCCGCCGCGCUCCUGGGCAUCGUGGUGCAGCCGCUGCGCUGCGAGGAGGCGGAGGCGCGCCGCCGCAUGGAGAGCCUGCUCUGCCGCGCCUUCUCCGCCCCGCACGCCCCGGCCGUGGAGGUGCACACCGCGCUCUUCGCCCCGCGCCGCUCCGACUGCGCCCUGGACGUGCAGCGUGCAGCCGGCGGCCCGCACCCGUGCGCUGCGCACAAGGGCCCUCAGGUGGACCGCCAGACCCAGACGCAGGAAGACCUACAAGAAAGCACUCCGUUCACCGCAGUUCGCGUGCUCCAAGCUCUCGGGACUGUUGCUGUGGCGCUAGGGGCGCUGGGCGCUGCCUACUACAUCACUGAGGCCCUGUAACACAGCCCAGACCUGCGUCCGGCAGAGAACUAAAAGAAUGGGCCAGAGAAUAAGCAGGGAGGCUGCUUAUCAAGGUAUCACCACACCUCCGAGGAGUCACAGCUGCUGGCCGUUUUCUCACUAGGCUGUAAAAACAGAAAAGCCACCCGAAUCCCAGGGUCACUGCCUAAGCUACUGCCAGUUGUCCUUUCUCUUCCAGGUCCAGUUUCCAUCCAGGAUCUCUCUUGUCACCAACUAGACCAAAAAAUGGAAAAAUAA